AUGCCAGCUUCAGGCCUGUGGUCAGAGACCCAAAGCCGGUGGCACAUAAACUGCUUGGAGCUGGAAGUGGUGUCCUUAGCUCUGGGGAAAUUCCUCUGCCGUAGCUGGAGCAGCGACGUGUUGAUUCACACCAACAACAUGUCUGUGGUUUCCUACAGGAGAGUGGAGGUGGAUCUGUCUCUUGAUCCCUUUGAUGAUGAUCCAGACACUUUGAGAGCUGAAUUAUCCUGCGGUCACAUUGUUGGUCCACAAACACUGACAGACUACUGUAGAAUACAGCUGGAUGAGGGUAAAACUGAGUUGAGAUGUCCUUUGUGUAAUGGUCUUUGGUCUUACACUGAAGUCCGUAAAUUAGCCAAACUCACACCUGAAGAACAACAGUACUUUGAGGAAAGACUUGCCAACAAUGCUACUAGAAAGACAAUAGACAUCAAGAAUUGUCCUGGUUGUGACUGGAUCAUCGAGAGAUCAGACCCGUCUAAUCUCAGUGUGCAAUGCACCAUUUGCUCUGCAAAGAAUAAAAAAACCUUUGAGUUCUGCUGGCAGUGUUUGAGAGAGUGGAAAGGUCAGCGUCCUCGCUCUGACAGAUGUGAUAAUGAAGGCUGCAGCAACAAAGACCUGGAUUUGCUGAGAGAUUGUGCAACUAUUAUGUUACCAGCUGUAAAAAAUAUUGAAUGUCCAGCAGUUCGUGCUUGUCCAACAUGUGGUUUGCUUCUUAAUCACAACACGGAGCAAUGCAAAAACAUUGUAUGCUAUCGAUGUAAAAAAGAGUUUUGUUUUCUCUGCCUUAAGCUCACACCUGACUGUCGAAAGACGAGCAGCUGGUUUGUUCCCUGUUCAGAUGGUGUGGCUCCACGACAGACUUCAAUUCCUAUUUGGAGAAUUAACCAAGAAAUUGCAAAUAAAUUGACACCUAUUUAA